AUGGAGCCUAGCCGGGGCACCCUUUGCCCGGACAUAAGCCUGCUCUACCGGGGAGUCCCCGACUACGACGCGUGCCACUCGCCCGCCUCCACGGUAGACGAUGGGGACAGCCAGCCGCCGUUCGGUGUGGACCUCAGCGGGAAGGGCACCAGCUUGGCGGGCAAGUCGUUCACCAUCGCCGCCAUCCUAGGCCUGGGCGACGAGGACGUGGCGCUCGGGAUGCAGGAGCGGCUGCAGCAACAGCGGCAGCUGCACAGCUACCUGUACCCUGCCCACGAGGCGCGGCGGCUGAACGACGGCCUCUGCAGGAUGGCCGGCGCGCAGACCCUGACCCAUGACAAUUCCAGACAGGAGCUGCGGCCGCAUGUCGGCCAGAUCAAGGGCAGCAGACAGCAUACAAUUACGUGUUCUAACGGCACGGGCAGGAGCAAGAGGAUAAGGACGAUCUUCACACCGGAACAGCUGGAGAGGCUGGAGGCGGAGUUCGAGAGGCAGCAGUACAUGGUUGGACCCGAGCGGCUGUACUUGGCCCACGCUCUGCAACUCACCGAGGCACAGGUGAAAGUGUGGUUCCAAAACCGUCGUAUCAAAUGGCGGAAGCAUCAUCUAGAAGUAACACAGCAGAGGUUAGCAGUGCUACAAAGACACAGGCCGGAGGAGCGUGAUGAAGACGUG